GUGUGUCGUUGAUUACAUGUUAUUAUUAUUUUAGCGGGAAAUUUUAGUAUGAAAACAAAACCUAACCACAGCGCAAAACAUUGUUUGCCAAAUAUGUAAAACCAUUAAAAUUUCUCAUCAAAAAUGGCUUGUGAUAUGUUUAUUUGUAAUCAAAACAAAAAACCAUUUAACUUACUUCAAAGAAUUAUCAACAAAGACAAAACGGCGGUGAUACAGAGUGAUUCUCUUGGAAAAAUAGCCAUAGGCGAACAUGUUUAUCAAAAGAAUGUGUUCAUUGAAGAUAUUCAAACCAUUACUCGCUUGAUGAAAAGGGAAUGGUUUUUGUUUCAAAAUAUUGCUUUUUGUGAUGCGUCAAUGCAAGUGCAGGAUGAAGACCUAAAUAGUGCCAGACAACUUAUUUGUUCUAUUUUGGAAAGUGUCAUCAUAGUUAUAUUUGAAUGUGAAAACGUGAACUUAAAAACAAAUUAUAUACAAAGUGCAACAGAAAAUCUUGAUAUAUUUAAAUCACUAGUGUUAUCUAUGAGAACUCUGGACAAUGAUUUUGUAGUAAAGUUUCCAGUGACAGUAAAUAAUGUAAAAAAUCCAGUUUCUGUAUAUUUUCAUACUUUUCUAGAUAUCAAUUACUUUUUAUUUUUAUUCAAUUACUGUUUUCAAUCCACAGACAUUAUUCAGGAAAGUUUCAGAAGUAUUAUGAAUGAUUUGAUUUUGCUCAGUAAAACAAUGUACUCCCGGAGGAGUGAAAGUGACUCUCUUUAUAUGUGUAAUUGUGUUAAGAAUCUUUGGAUCAUCCUGCAAAUACUCAUAGAUGAAAAAGAUAACAAAUUAUUCUGGACUAUGUUUAAUGCUGAGCUACAAACUGAAGAUGCCCUUUUUUCUCUUCAUUUAUUGAAGGAAGUGGCAUAUUUACACACUUACAAUAAUAAAAUGGAAAUUGUAGGAAAGAAAUGUGACCGUGUCAAACCAAAUUAUGAGCUUUUAGAAAACAAAAUGAAAACUAUCUUAUCUGAAGCUGAUUCUGACAUGAUGUUGAACUGUUUCAAAGUUAUUGAACCAUUAAUUUGUGAUUUAUGGAUAGGUUCUGCAAGAAUCGAAAUUUAUCAAAUUGCAUGGGAUUACUAUAGCAAAAGGUUAAAUGUAACAACCAAAAAUAAUCACCAAUUAAAUAAUGCAUUGGAGUUUUUGGAACUUAUUGAUAUAGUACUGUGGUGUCCUAAGGACUGUGAAGAAGAUUUUGAAUAUUUUGUUGCACUACUGAUGACACAUCUACGCGAAUAUCCUUUGCAAUGGGGAAAAAUGAAAGGACGAAUUUAUUCACAAUUGGGACCAAACAAAGUCAAGGAUUUAACUGAUGUGGGAAUUAAACAUGUAGCAGUUCUAUUUUUUGCAUUGUCCAGUAUUAAUUUUGAUGAAUUAUCAAAAAAAAUCGUUUCUUUUUUGGGAAGUUUACCUACUGAAAAGAAAAAUACUAGUUUAUAUUGGAAUAUUUAUACAUCAUUUAUCAUUAAACAUGUACGUGAAGGAAGAAGCAUUCAAACAGUGGCACCAAAUUUGACAAAAAUGUUACAAGAAUCAUCGUCGGACCAAAAAUCUUUCCAUUUCAUCAAGGAAUUCAUCGCAAACUACAGACACCUAAUAAACGCAAGUCAAAGUUUGGAGCUGCAUCAGUGGGAUUUAAUUAAUGAAUGGCUUCAAAAUUAUCUUAAAAUUUGUUACCACCAGGAUUUAGUUUUAAGUUUAAAUGUGUUUUAUGAUGUUAUUGAAAAAGUUAGUAGUCCAGACUUAUGGUUAUAUUGGGAAUCCACGUAUAAAGACCACAUUUACCCCAUUUUGACACAACUUGCUGAAUCUAUUAGUGCUCCGGGAAUUGUUGGAAAACUUGCCGCCAAAAUAAGUUUACUUGUACCUUCAAAAUCCAAAGAGAUGUUCAGCUAUUUUAAUAGUGAGAAUAUUUCGGCAAAAGUAUCGUCACAAUUUCUUAAUGUCACAUUGGAAAAUUAUCCAAACAACUUUAUUUUAACAUCAGAACAUGAACAAUCAAUAAUCCGCUCGUGGAUUAAAAUUUCUUUAAUAACGAAUGAAACUGAACAUGGCCUUACGAGAAACGUUUGCAAAUUAGAUUCUUUUCGUAGUGUGAUCAAUAGCGACAUUAAGAAUGCAGUUGAUCCGUUAAUGGACUUUAUAGAAUACUUGGGCAACGAACAAAAAAAUGUGCAAUCAAUGACUACAAUAAAAUUUGCAUAUACCUGUUUUGAAAAAAUGGACACUUGGUUAACUCGCUAUUUAUCGCAACCCGAAAGUGAAGCAGUGAUAUUACGAAUUCAUACUGUAAUUUCAAAAACGCUUUUGCUUUGCGGUAACUUUCUGUACAAUAAGAAUAAAGGUAGCAGUCCAUUAACACAACUUGUGACAACAUUGUUAUUUCCGUCCGAGUUUUUAACUGGUAAAGCUCCACAUCCUUUUAUUUUAUCUGCUAUUAAGAAUACGUGGCAUGUAUAUUUUGAGGCAAUUGUUAAUUUAAAUUCCGAAUCAGAUGGUUUCUUAGAACGUACCCAACGUGAUUUGGUGAAAAAAUACUUGCCAUAUUUUUCUACGUUUGAUUCACCAAUGUUAAAAUGUUUUGAAAGUGAAAAAUAUUCGAAUGUUAUAAUGGAAAUGCUUAGUACACAUUAUUUUAAACAUCCUGUGAAAGAAUCUGAUGCCAAUAUGUUAAAGGUUUUAAAGAUAAUUAAGGAUUUUGUAGAAAGUACAACCUCUGAAGUCCUAUUUAAAAUACUUAUAAAUAAAGUACUUAUAGGACUUUUUGAAGUUGUUAUAUUUCAUUCUCACAAAAACGCCGCAAUUGCGGUUAUAAAGUCAAUAACAUGUUCGCAGUUGUACUGUCAAGUUAAAGAUGAUUUUGGAGCGGUGAUUGUUGCGGUAACAGAAAAACAUUUAAAUUUUAAUACUCCAAUGUACUUCCAGUUGAUGAUUGUUAUAUCAAGAUUCAUACCAAAUGAUUUAAAGCCUUUGCUUCCCAAAAUUAAAAGUCACCUUGUUAGUGUUGAAAGAAUGAGAGGUGUUGGUUUUGACAAAACUUUAAGGCUGCAUUUUGAAAAGUUAGAACAAUCUUUAGAAUCAUAAUGUUUGUUAUUAUGUAUUAUGUAAUAAAACAUGUUUUAAAUUGUUUUUAUGAAAUGUUGUUAAAUAAAAGACAUACUUUAAUAAAACUUAUUAU